AACCCCAUAGGCAUCCUAUAGGUAUAAAAGCUGUAAACCAUUCACUCCGAGAGGCGUUGGCUGGAUUCCCACAAAGACCAUCAGACAUGGGGAAAGUUAUCUUCUACGAGGACAGGAACUUCCAGGGCCGCUCUUAUGAGUGCAGCAGUGACUGCUCCGACAUGUCCGUCUACCUCAGCCGCUGCAGCUCGUGUAGGGUCGAGAGUGGCUGUUUCAUGGUCUAUGACCGGCCCAACUAUAUGGGAAACCAGUUCUUUCUCAGGAGGGGAGAGUAUUCUGACUACAUGUCCAUGGGCAUGAGUGACUCCAUACGCUCGUGUCGCCUGAUUCCACAGCACAGAGGAUCUUUUACAAUGAGGGUCUACGAGAGAGAGAGUUAUGGAGGACAGAUGCACGAGCUGAUGGAUGACUGCGAUUCAUUCAGAGACCGCCUCCGCAUGUCUGACUGCCAGUCCUGCCAGGUCAUGGAUGGCCACUGGCUCAUGUACGAGCAGCCCCACUACAGAGGCAGGAUGAUGUACAUGAGGCCCGGAGAAUACAGGAGCUUCAGGAACCUGGGAAUGAGCAACUUUAGAUUUAGCUCCGCCAGAAGAAUCACUGAAAUGUGUUAGAAUACUCCAGAAAUGAGGAUCAUAAAAAAAUAAAUAAAUAUUGUGAAACACUA